GCCGUCGCGCAGCUGACGUCAUCACCGUGCGCUGCCACGUCUGCUCAGCUCCGCGGUAAUGGAGGUUGGGGUUGAGUGCUGACCCGGCCGAGCUCUGGCUCUAGUCUUAGCUUUGGCUCUGGCACUGACUUAGGGUCUGGGUCAGAGUGGCAACCCGAAGCCUGGAUACCUUUUCUCGACUCUCAGGGCGGGGACGGCCUGCGUACAAGCAGCAGGUUUGGAGCGCUUCAACACGGGGAGGGAGUUCUUUUGCCUGGGUCCAGUCUGUAAAGUCGCCACCUCGUCCUAGGGAUCCAGCCCCGCCGGCCGGGCUUUUUCCAUGCAGUUGAAACAGGUUGACAACCAUUAACCUGGGUUGCAACUACAGGCGGCACUGGAAGCAGACUGGUUCCCGGACAUGCCCGGUGGAAGGAGGGGCCCCAGUCGGCAGCAGCUAAGCCGUUCAGCUUUACCUUCUUUACAGACUUUGGUUGGUGGAAGCUGUGGCAAUGGAACUGGCUUGAGAAACAGGAAUGGUAGUGCUGUUGGCCUUCCAGUCCCACCUAUCACAGCCUUAAUUACUCCAGGUCCCGUUCGUCAUUGCCAGAUUCCCGAUUUGCCUGUGGAUGGGAGCCUGCUCUUCGAAUUUCUGUUUUUCAUCUACCUAUUGGUUGCUCUGUUCAUCCAGUACAUUAACAUCUAUAAAACAGUGUGGUGGUAUCCUUACAAUCACCCUGCUUCUUGUACUUCUCUGAAUUUUCAUCUCAUUGAUUAUCACCUGGCAGCAUUCAUCACAGUGAUGCUUGCAAGGAGGCUUGUAUGGGCCCUCAUCUCAGAGGCUACUAAGGCAGGUGCAGCAUCAAUGAUUCACUACAUGGUUCUAAUAUCAGCCCGCUUGGUACUACUCACUUUGUGUGGAUGGGUACUUUGUUGGACCCUCGUCAAUCUCUUUCGAAGCCAUUCAGUCCUCAAUCUCCUUUUCCUUGGCUACCCGUUUGGUGUUUAUGUUCCCCUCUGCUGUUUUCAUCAAGAUAGUAGAGCUCAUCUUCUUCUCACAGACUAUAACUAUAUGGUCCAGCACCAGGCGGUAGAGGAAGGUUCCUCAACUGUGGGUGGCUUGGCCAAAUCCAAAGACUUUCUCUCCUUAUUGCUGGAGUCUCUAAAAGAGCAAUUUAAUAAUGCCACGCCCAUCCCCACCCACAGCUGCCCUUUGUCUCCAGACCUCAUUCGCAAUGAAGUAGAAUGUCUAAAAGCAGAUUUCAACCACAGAAUCAAAGAAGUUCUCUUCAACUCCCUCUUCAGUGCCUACUAUGUUGCAUUUCUCCCCCUGUGUUUUGUGAAGAGUACCCAGUACUAUGAUAUGCGCUGGUCAUGCGAACACCUCAUUAUGGUAUGGAUCAAUGCUUUUGUCAUGCUCACCACGCAACUGCUGCCAUCCAAAUACUGUGACUUGCUACAUAAAUCAGCUGCUCACCUGGGCAAGUGGCAGAAGCUUGAACAUGGGUCCUACAGCAAUGCUCCACAGCACAUUUGGUCAGAAAAUACAAUAUGGCCUCAAGGGGUGCUGGUGCGGCACAGCAGAUGUUUAUAUAGAGCCAUGGGGCCUUACAACGUGGCAGUGCCUUCAGAUGUAUCCCAUGCCCGCUUUUAUUUCCUAUUUCAUCGACCAUUAAGGCUGUUAAAUCUGCUUAUCCUUAUUGAGGGCAGUGUCGUCUUCUACCAACUCUAUUCCUUGCUGCGGUCAGAGAAGUGGAACCACACACUUUCCAUGGCUCUCAUCCUCUUCUGCAACUACUAUGUUUUAUUUAAGCUCCUCCGGGACAGAAUAGUAUUAGGCAGGGCAUACUCCUACCCACUCAACAGUUAUGAACUCAAGGCAAACUAAGCUGCCUCUCAACAAUGAGGGAGAACUCAGAUAAAGAUAUUUUCAUACGUUCUAUUUUUUUCUUGCGAUUUUUAUAAAUAUUUAAGAUAUUUUAUAUUUUGUAUACUAUUAUGUUUUGAAAGUCGGGAAGGGUAAGGGAUAUUAAAUGUAUCCAUAAACAAGGUGAUGUGAUCUUUCAUGUGUUAGUAUAUUUGAAUAACAUACAUAUGAGGGGUAUGCCUCUCCAGUAAAGAGAUUGACUUGUUUGUA